CCCCUGACCGCGCGGACCGGAGCGGCCCGGAGCCGCCGCCGCCCGUCCGGCCCCGCCGGGGCGGGCUGGCCCGCCAUGGGGUCCCUUUUCCGGAGCGAGACUAUGUGCCUGGCACAGCUGUUCCUGCAGUCCGGCACGGCCUACGAGUGCCUCAGCGCCCUGGGCGAGAAGGGCCUGGUCCAGUUCCGAGAUCUCAACCAGAAUGUAAGUUCCUUCCAAAGAAAAUUUGUUGGUGAGGUGAAGAGGUGUGAAGAACUAGAACGAAUAUUAGCGUAUUUGGUGCAGGAAAUUAAUAGAGCCGACAUUCCCCUUCCUGAGGGAGAGACCAGUCCUUCUGCACCACCUCUUAAACAAGUCCUAGAAAUGCAGGAGCAGCUGCAGAAGCUGGAGGUUGAGCUGAGAGAAGUCACCAAGAAUAAGGAGAAGCUGAGGAAGAACUUGCUUGAACUGAUUGAGUAUACUCACAUGCUCAGAGUGACAAAAACCUUCGUUAAACGAAAUGUGGAGUUUGAACCCACUUAUGAAGAAUUCCCUCCCUUAGAGAAUGAUUCCUUGUUGGACUACAGCUGUAUGCAGAGGCUGGGAGCAAAACUGGGAUUUGUAUCUGGCCUAAUUAACCAAGGAAAGGUUGAAGCAUUUGAGAAAAUGCUGUGGAGGGCCUGCAAAGGGUACACCAUUGUGACCUAUGCAGAGCUGGAUGAGCCCCUCGAGGACCCUGAAACAGGAGAAGUCAUAAAAUGGUAUGUGUUUUUAAUAUCCUUUUGGGGAGAGCAGAUUGGCCACAAGGUUAAGAAGAUCUGUGAUUGUUACCACUGCCAUGUUUACCCCUACCCAAAUACUGCUGAGGAGCGGAAGGGAAUUCAGGAGGGACUAAAUACCCGGAUUCAAGAUCUUUACACUGUGCUUCACAAAACUGAGGAUUAUUUACGGCAAGUGCUGUGUAAAGCCGCCGAAUCCGUCUACAGCCACGUCAUCCAGGUGAAGAAGAUGAAAGCCAUUUACCACAUGCUGAACAUGUGCAGCUUCGACGUGACCAACAAGUGCCUCAUCGCUGAAGUCUGGUGUCCUGAGGCCGACCUGCACGACCUGCGCCGGGCGCUCGAGCAGGGGUCGAGAGAGAGCGGUGCUACGAUCCCCUCAUUUAUGAACACAAUCCCAACAAAAGAAACACCCCCAACUCUAAUCCGCACCAACAAGUUCACCGAGGGGUUUCAGAACAUCGUGGACGCCUACGGAGUUGGGAGCUACAGAGAAGUGAACCCAGCUCUCUUUACCAUCAUCACUUUCCCCUUUUUGUUCGCCGUGAUGUUCGGAGACUUCGGACAUGGCUUUGUGAUGUUUUUAUUUGCCCUCUUGCUGGUGUUAAAUGAAAACCAUCCCAGACUAAAUCAGUCACAGGAGAUCAUGCGCAUGUUUUUCAAUGGCCGAUACAUCCUCUUGCUGAUGGGGCUGUUCUCCGUGUACACGGGCCUUAUCUAUAACGACUGCUUUUCAAAGUCGGUCAACCUGUUUGGCUCUGGGUGGAACGUGUCCGCCAUGUUCAGCUCCAGUCACGCUCCGGCGGAGCGCAGGAAGAUGGUGCUUUGGAAUGACACCAUCGUCAGGCACAGCAGGGUUUUGCAGUUGGACCCAAGUGUUCCUGGAGUGUUCCAAGGCCCUUAUCCUCUUGGCAUCGAUCCCAUUUGGAACUUGGCCACAAAUCGUCUCACUUUUCUAAACUCUUUCAAAAUGAAAAUGUCUGUAAUUUUAGGAAUUAUUCACAUGACUUUUGGAGUCAUUCUGGGAAUAUUUAACCACUUGCAUUUCCGGAAGAAGUUCAAUAUUUAUUUGGUUUCCGUCCCAGAACUUCUCUUCAUGCUCUGCAUCUUCGGAUACCUUGUAUUUAUGAUCGUCUGUAAGUGGCUGGUCUAUUCGGCAGAAACCUCCAGAGUUGCUCCCAGCAUUCUGAUUGAAUUUAUCAACAUGUUUUUAUUCCCGGCGAGUGAAACAAACGGUCUCUACUCAGGGCAGGAGCACGUGCAGAGACUGCUGCUGGUUGUCACAGCGCUGUCUGUCCCCGUUCUGUUCCUGGGAAAACCACUCUUCCUGCUGUGGCUGCACAACGGACGCAGUUGCUUCGGAGUGAGCAGGAGUGGUUACACACUUAUAAGGAAAGAUAGCGAGGAAGAAGUUUCUCUGCUGGGAAGCCAAGACAUAGAAGAAGGAAAUAACCAAAUGGAAGAUGGAUGUAGAGAAAUGACAUGUGAAGAGUUUAACUUUGGAGAAAUAUUAAUGACCCAAGUGAUUCAUUCCAUCGAGUACUGUCUGGGAUGCAUUUCCAACACCGCUUCAUACCUGAGGCUCUGGGCUCUCAGUCUGGCUCACGCACAGUUGUCUGACGUCCUGUGGACCAUGCUGGUGCGCGUGGGCCUCCGAGUAGACACCACUUACGGAGUCUUGCUGUUGCUACCGGUUAUCGCCCUCUUUGCAGUUUUGACCAUUUUCAUCCUUUUGAUCAUGGAAGGCCUUUCUGCAUUUCUUCAUGCCAUACGCCUCCACUGGGUAGAAUUUCAGAACAAGUUCUACGUCGGUGCAGGCACCAAAUUUGUUCCUUUCUCAUUCAGACUACUUUCAUCGAAGUUCAGUGACGACGUGGCCUGAUCACGUUGCCGUAUCUAAUAAGCUGUCAAAUUUAUGGAGAAUUAUCAUGUUACAGAAUUUCACUUAUGUCAGAUUUACGAUACGAAAAAUUCCGUCUUCAUUGAUUGCCUUAUGAUAUAGCCAAAUGAUUCUGUAAGAUAUACCUCUUCCUCAUGUUAAAUAUUUUGUAAAGUUUAUCAGUUUCAGAGAUAUAAAUUUCUUUCAGUUUUUACGAUGAGCAAAUAUAAGUUAAGGCCAGAAGUUAUGUUAAAGUUAUUUUUAAAAAUACAGGCUUGGGGGAGAGAAGUGGUUUUGAAUGGCUAAUUGAAAAUGGUCUUAGAUACUCAGUUCCUUUUCACCUUAUUAAAAAAAACAAAGAAAAUUAUUCUGUAGCUUGAUGUUGUCAGAUAAUAUUUUUCCAACAGGUGAAGUUAAGUAUAGUUUUUUUAAAAAUUUAAUGACGGAUAAUCAAAAGAUUAACAUUCUGCUUGAUUAAAAGUAUGUCAACUUUUUUUUUUAUUGUAUGCUAUCUAGAACUGCAAGUAGGGGAUUGUUUCUACAGUUUUGUCUUGUUUUCAUAAUUGGGGAAAAUGAGAUAAAAUAACGUACAACA